GAACGAAGACGGGCCGAGCCUGUAGGCUUGGGUCUCCACAUCUCCACUUCAAAGUAGGUCGGUCCGUCUCUUUCCCUCGCCCCUCUGCCCCUCUAGAGAUCUCUUUCUCCUUCCCGUUUAUUCUGUUCUUCCCUUCAUCCCUUGUAAACAUUGUGUUAAGAAUCUAUGUCUGUUUUAAUAGUGACGAGCUUAGGCGAUAUUGUGGUGGAUUUGUUCACAGACAAAUGUCCUUUAACCUGCAAAAACUUUUUGAAGCUUUGAUUAAGUAUUAUCAUGGGUGUCUGUUUCACACUGUUCAGAAGGAUUUUACUGCCCAAACAGGGGACCCUACUGGGACUGGCUCAGGUGGAGACUCCGUGUAUAAAUUCCUUUAUGGUGAUCAGGCUCGAUUUUUCGGCGAUGAGAUUCAUCAUGAUAUAAAGCAUUCCAAGACCGGCACUGUUGCAAUGGCUAGCGCUGGGGAGAAUCUUAAUGCUUCCCAGUUCUAUUUCACACUUCGGGAUGAUUUAGACUAUCUUGACGGGAAGCACACAGUCUUUGGAGAAGUUGCUGAAGGAUUGGAAACUUUGACCAGGAUUAAUGAAGCUUAUGUAGAUGAGAAGAGCAGGCCAUAUAAAAAUAUCCGAAUCAAACACACACACAUAUUAGAUGAUCCUUUUGAUGAUCCUCCCCAGUUGUCUGAGUUGAUUCCUGGUGCUUCCCCUGAAGGAAAACCAAAGGAUGAGGUUGAUGAUGAUGUUCGGCUUGAAGAUGAUUGGGUUCCCAUGGAUGAACAACUAGGUGCUUCGGAGCUUGAGGAGGUUCUCCGUGCAAAGGAUGCCCAUUCGAGUGCAGUUGUACUUGAAAGUAUUGGGGAUAUUCCUGAUGCUGAAAUUAAGCCUCCUGAGAAUGUUCUAUUUGUUUGUAAAUUGAAUCCAGUUACUGAAGAUGAGGACUUGCAUACUAUAUUUUCUCGUUUUGGAACCGUUGUAUCGGCUGAGGUAAUCCGUGAUUAUAAGACUGGAGACAGCUUAUGCUAUGCUUUCAUUGAAUUUGAGACCAACGAGGCAUGUGAACAAGCAUAUUUCAAGAUGGAUAAUGCGUUGAUUGAUGACAGAAGGAUACAUGUGGAUUUUAGUCAAAGUGUUGCAAAACUUUGGUCCCAAUACAGGCGCAAGGAUCAACAGAAGGGUAAAGGUGGAGGUUGUUUUAAAUGUGGUGCUAUUGAUCACGUUGCUAAGGAUUGUACUGGGGGACCCUCAACCCAGUUGCAAAAUUCUAAAUAUAUUUUAAAGGAUGAAAAUGCACAGCAUGGUGGAGAUAAUAGCUCAAGAUAUGAGAUGGUAUUUGAUGGGGAUGCUCCUGAGACUCCUCAGCAAGGAAAAAUGGAUCUGUCCCAUGAGUUUGAUGGCAAUGAGCGCAGAUACAAAAUAAACAGGAAUAGUUCUCAUACUAUGGAGGGGAAAGACUUCAAUGAUAAGGAUAAACAGAGAAACAGAAGUAGAGAUUACAGAGCGGAUAUGAGCCGAUCUGGUGGGUGGAGAGAUGAGAAACAUCUUAAAGAUCAAUUUGAUGGAGAAAGGCAUGUAGACAGACAAAGAGGAAGAGAUGAGCAAAGUCACAGAAAGAGUAGUUCAAAUAUUCGCGGUGAUGACCGGAGAGGUGAUGCAGGUAACAGAAAGAGAUAUGCUGACGACAAUAGUCCUCCAAAUAGAAGACAAGAUGAGCACAGAAAAAGAAGCCGUGAUGAUGAUGCCUACACUGACAAGAAGGGUGAAAGUGAUUAUUUGAAGAAAUAUGCGGAUAGUAACAGACGAGAUUCGAGGAAUGAGUCGAGUUACAGAAGAAGUGGUGCAAAUGACCAUGGCCAUAAAGAUCGGAGGGAAGAACGGACAGAUAGGCACCGGAGAACUGAAAGUGAUGAUGAUCAUGAUAGGGAUAGAAGAUGGCACCGGAGAACUGAAAGUGAUGAUGAUCAUGAUAGGGAUAAAAGAAGCCGAGGUGAUAGGAAGAGAUAGAAUGAUGCAUGAUAUAUGCUUUAUUUUCGCUAUUAAAUGCAGCAAAUCAAGUAGGCUUAGCAUCUGUUUUUGAUAAAACGACCAGUCAAUUACCAUAUUCAUAUGAAUAAACUAAAACCUUAAGCUUGAUUAUCAAUUACGACCUUUGCCAAGGUGUUGUAUUGCA